UGACUGCCUGCGACGUUCGCCGCCCGUCUGUUACUUGAACACGUACUCACUUUUAUCGCUCGCGAUAAGAAAAUUAAAAAAAAAAAAACAGUGUUUUUAUUAUUCCACUACUCUGUUUCAUUCUCCAUCCAUUUUUAUCAAUUUCAAAUUACAUUCGUCGGAAGAUUUGAUUCGUCUGAGAGUUCCUUACUGGAUUGAGGAUAUAAUGCUGAGGCAUCAUGAAAAGCUGAAAAAACUACAGAUGGUAUUUCUGGUUUCCUGGGACGGAUUUUAACACACUUUUGAGUACAUUUCCGUCGCGUGCAGGACUGGUGAAAAGAGCAGUAUGAAAGCAUACUCAUACCCACAGUUUACUAAAGAGAGUUGGACGAACAGGGUCUAAGAAUAUCACGAGUAGAUCAUUGAACCAGGCACUUCCACGUGCUAGGAAGACUGAGAAAGUAAACGUUUAUCGUGUGAGAUCUCUGUGCAAGGAUUUGAGGAAGGAUGUCCGAUAAAUCGAGUUCUGAUGAGGACCGGUACGAUAUCGACGAUUUGGAAAUCAUCAAAACAAUCGGUACUGGAACAUUUGGAAGAGUUGUACUCUGCAGACAUCAAGGUAUCCCAAUGGCCUUGAAGAUCCUUUCAAUGGUAGAUGUCAUCAGACUAAAACAGGUUGACCAUGUCAAAAAUGAAAUUAACGUUUUAAAGGAAGUUAAUCACCCCUUUAUCGUAAACAUGUUGUGGAGUGGCAAAGAUGAUGCUAGGAUUUACAUGCUUCUCGAAUUUGUUGCUGGAGGAGAACUCUUUUCGUAUUUGAGAGCAGCUGGCCGAUUUUCAGGACGAACCGGCUGUUUUUAUGCCGCAGAGAUUGUCUGUGCUCUUGAUUAUUUGCACAGUAAACAUAUCGUCUACAGAGACCUGAAACCAGAAAAUUUGCUUCUGGACAUCCAAGGUCAUCUGAAGAUUACGGAUUUUGGCUUUUCAAAGAAGCUGACAGAUAGAACGUGGACUCUUUGUGGAACCCCAGAAUAUUUAGCACCAGAGAUUAUUCAAAGUAAGGGGCACAACAAGGCUGUGGAUUGGUGGGCUCUGGGAGUUUUAAUUUACGAGAUGUUGGCAGGAUUUCCGCCCUUUUACGAUGACAAUCCUUUCGGUAUUUAUGAAAAAAUCCUGAGUGGAAGGAUAGAGUGGCCGAAGCAUAUGGAUCCAAUUGUCAAGGAUUUAGUGAAGAAGCUGCUGGUUACAGACAGGACGAAACGACUUGGAAAUAUGAGACAGGGUGCUGAAGAUAUCAAAAGGCAUCGAUGGUUCAAACUUGUCGAUUGGGCACAGGUGCCCCAAAAAGCCUUAACGCCUCCAAUCUGUCCGAGAUUGAAAGCUCCCGAGGAUUCAAGUUGUUUCGAUGAUUAUCCGGAAAUUGAUUGGCGCUCACAACCCCCGCCUCCACCAGAUCAACUGGUUCUUUUUCAGGAUUUUUGACAGUCAAAGUACCUUACUAAAAUCGAAUUUUAAACGCCAUCUUGCCAAGAAGCAAUCUGCUCUAGACGUGAUAUUAGUAUUUUACUGAACAAGAGCGAACAUUUUAUUUUGUUAUAAAAAUGAUCUUUCACUACUGAAAAAUAUCUCGACAUCUCCUCAUAGUUUUAAGGCUAACAUUUACAUUGGUGCCAAAAGGUUUUUUUUUGUCGAGUUCUUAUCUACGUUAAUAAUGAGUUUAUGCCUAUGCAUUUACCUGGCCGUGAAUCUACCAAUAAUGAAGAUCUGAACUCGAUGCGAAAAAAAUGACGUUGUAAAUGUACCCUAAAUAGUGGAAUUACUCGAAAUUGGAUAUUUCGAGCUUUGCGAUAAUAAAUUUGCGCUUCUCAGCACUUUUGUUACAUGAAUAAGUGCAAAUAGGAUUAAGGCUGUGAUUUGAAAACGUGCGUGAGAAAAUCCUGCAGAGAAUUUAACAUCUGUUUUUAAUCGAGCGAAUCACAUUAAUUGAGAGCAAAGAUUCCUUCCAUAUAAUUGCCAAGAAUUCCUGGGAAUCUGAAACUCGAUUCAACAGAUAACAUGAAAUUUAAUUAUUGUAAUAAUUUAAUACUACUUUUAAGAUAAGUUAAUUUAUAAAUGUAGUCGUUAUUUAAUUUUAUGGCAGUUUGCUCAUAAAUGUUUAUUUAUUGAGAGUUAACCAUUACCUUUUUUAAUUAUAUCAAUUCUGGUUAUUUGGAAGCGAAGAUAUGAAAUCAUGAGAAGAAUGGACGAAAAAAUUUAAAUUUAGAGCGAGAUUGUUUAAAUUUAUUAUUUGUUAUGAGUAAUUAAUAAUUAUGUAAAUUUUAAGGAAACUAAAUACCACUCUGGAAGCACUUUGGGAACUCAGAUUGAUAUUUAAUAAAUUUAAAUUGAUUUGACAAUUUAAAAAAAAA